GCACAUUCCGGGGCGCCUCGUCACUUCCCCUGCGCUUGGCAGUCCCGGCGGCUCUCCGAACGAACUCACUGAGAGACAGGCCAGGCUAUGACCCCAGGGGCGCUGCCGCUGCUGCUGCUGCUGGGGGUGCUAGAGGCACCCCUCGCGCCAGGCGUCGGCGGCUCAGAGGCCGAGGGCAGACUCCGCGAGAAACUUUUCUCGGGCUAUGACAGCUCGGUGCGGCCGGCGCUGGAGGUGGGAGACCGCGUCGGGGUCAGCGUCGGUCUCGUUCUGGCGCAGCUCAUCAGCCUGAACGAGAAGGAUGAAGAGAUGAGCACAAAGGUGUACUUGGACCUGGAGUGGACGGACUACAGGCUGAGCUGGGACCCCGUGGAGCACGACGGGAUCGACCUGCUGCGCGUCACCGCGGCGUCCGUGUGGCUGCCGGACUUGGUGCUGCUGAACAACAACGACGGCAACUUCGAUGUCGCUCUGGACAUUGACGUCGUGGUGUCGCCCGACGGCUCCGUGCGCUGGCAGCCCCCGGGCAUCUACCGCAGCAGCUGCAGCAUCCAGGUCACCUACUUCCCCUUCGACUGGCAGAACUGCACCAUGGUGUUCAGUUCCUACAGCUACGACAGCUCCGAGGUCAGCCUGCACACGGGCCUGGGCCCUGACGGGCAGGAGCGGCAGGAAAUCUACAUUCAUGAAGGGACCUUCAUUGAGAAUGGCCAGUGGGAGAUCAUCCACAAGCCCUCCCGGCUGAUUCAGCCUCCGGGGGACCCCAAGGGAGGGAGGGAAGGCCAGCGCCAGGAAGUCGUCUUCUACCUCAUCAUCCGCCGGAAGCCUCUCUUCUACCUGGUCAACGUCAUUGCCCCGUGCAUCCUCAUCACGGUCCUGGCCAUCUUUGUCUUCUACCUCCCGCCAGACGCAGGAGAGAAGAUGGGGCUGUCGAUCUUUGCCCUGCUGACCCUUACCGUGUUCCUGCUGCUGCUGGCCGACAAAGUGCCUGAGACGUCCCUCUCGGUCCCCAUCAUUAUCAAGUACCUCAUGUUCACCAUGAUCCUCGUCACCUUCUCCGUCAUCCUUAGUGUCGUGGUCCUCAACCUGCACCACCGUUCACCUCACACCCACCAAAUGCCCCUCUGGGUCCGUCAGAUCUUCAUCCACAAACUCCCUCUCUGUCUGGGUCUGAAGAGGCCCAAACCUGAGAGAGACCAGAUGCCGGAGCCCCCUCAUUCUUCUCCUCCAGGAAUUGGCUGGGGUCGGGGAACAGAUGAAUAUUUCAUCCGGAAGCCACCGAAUGAUUUUCUCUUCCCUAAACCCAACAGGUUCCAGCCUGAACAGAUAGCUGCCUUGGACCUACGGCGAUUUAUCGACGGUCCAAACCGGACUGUGGGCCUGCCUCCCGAGCUGCGGGACGUGGUUUCCUCGAUCAGCUACAUCGCUCGCCAGCUGCAGGAACAGGAGGACCACGAUGCGCUGAAGGAGGACUGGCAGUUUGUGGCCAUGGUAGUGGACCGCCUCUUCCUGUGGACCUUCAUCAUCUUCACAAGCGUGGGGACCCUGGUCAUCUUCCUGGACGCCACCUACCACUUGCCCCCAGACGACCCCUUUCCUUGAGGACGGCUGAGCCGAGUUCGGUGGUUCUCUCCAGCGCCGUCAUCUUCUGCCUCCCGGUUCCCCUGCUUCGGAGGGAGCUGGGGUAGGGCUGGGGGCUGGGCAGUGGGCUGCUUUAGUCUUUGGGUUCUUCUUUGGGAAAUCAACAAGUAGAACAAAGAACAAGAACUAGAUUGUAAGCCUCGUGAGGGCAAGAAAUGUGCCUUGUUCACCACAAGAUGCCCAGCAUCAGGUCCUGACCUAGAGUAAGUGCUUACAACUUGUUGAAUGAAUAGGAGGGAAAAUUCUAGAAGGAAAUACACCCGUCAGUAUUUUUUACGUUUGCAUGUUGGGACUGUUGGUCAUUUUGUUGUUGUUGUUUUAGCCUUUCUGUAAUGUAUUUUGUUUUGUAAUGAAUAUUGUCUUUAGGAUGAAAAAAAUUAUUUUUAAAAGGGUGUAUUUGUAAUGAGAAGGGGUGGGGGGGACAUUUAAAAGACCUCCAUUAAAGUUCCAGCUUUGAUGCAAGACCCUGGGCAACCCACUAAACUUCGUACCUGUAAAACGAGCUAAAUAACAGUGUAUGCUUCGGGGGGCUGCCCGAGGCUCGUGUGAGAAGGUGAAAACAAGCAGAUUCAGUGUAUAGCAGCGGUUGCAAACUGGUGUGUUUUGUUUGGUCCAUGUUGUUGGCCUGCACAUUUUAAAAAUCUGGAUUAUUUCACAAAGAAAUUAAGAUUUCUGGCUUCUCUUGAAAAGAUUUGUUUUAAAACUAUAAUAAAAUCGGCAUGGGCAUUGUGCUAAA